AUAUACGCAAGUGCAUCUGUGAUCCAGAUGGAACCACGAGAGACAAUGGAAUUGCUCGAAGCCUAUCUGCGAGAGAACAAUCUUGCACAAGAUGAAUCCCGGGUAUGGACCAUCGAGUGCUCUCCCUUGGGAGGUCGCGGCAUGUUCGCCACACGGGACAUUCGAGCCGGCGAAUUGAUCUUCACGGAUGUCCCGCUGUUGAUAGGACCGCGAUACAGCAAGUACCUAUCGAUGUGUGUCGUCUGUUACAAGAACAACUGUCCCCUGUUCCCCUGCGAUCAUGGUUGCGGUUUGCCGAUCUGUUCGACGGAAUGCGAGAACUCGAUGAUGCACUAUCAAGCGGAGUGUCGAUUACUCAGGGAGUGGAUGCCGACCUGCGGUUCCACCUGGUCUAAGGAUCUGAUGUUCGCGGUAGUACCGAUACGCGGUCUUAUGUUGUCGAAGGAGCAACGUAAACUCUUGUAUGCCUUUGAGUGCCAUCCGAAUCUUACUCGUAACUAUGAGCUCGAUCUGGUCAAAAGAAACGUGAGCAACCUUCCCAGCGAAGAGCAAAUGGAGCUUAUGAGACGCAUUUGCGAAGUCUGCAACACGAAUUCCUUCGAAGUCGUGAUCUCGAGAAACGAGGACUGCACCACGAGUUUACGCGGUGUUUACCCCAUAGGUGCGUUUCAGAAUCAUUGCUGUGUGCCGAACACCAGACACCACUUCGAUGACCAUCAACGACUGUACGUGAGCGCUUCACUGCCGAUCGCCGCUGGCGAGGAGCUCACUAUGUCUUACACCGAUCUCCUGUGGGAUACAUCGAGCAGGAGGCAAUUCCUGAGGGUCACCAAACGCUUCUCCUGCAACUGCAGUAGAUGCUCCGAUCCCUCGGAAUUCGGAUCUUAUCUCGGAGCGCUUCUCUGUGCAAAGGACGAUUGUUCUGGAUAUUUGCUACCACGCAAUCCUCUCAAUCUUAAAUCUCCCUGGAUCUGUGACAAGUGCCAGAUCAGCAUGAACCACAGACAGAUUGAAUGCAUUUAUUCGAUGUUGAACACGUUUGUACUUGAUGCGGUGUACAAGACUCCGCGUGAGAUUCUAAAAUUUAUAGAAGCAGUAUUAUCGAAAUUAAUUCCAACGACUAAUUACAUCAUGAUAGAUGUCAAGUAUCGUAUAAUUUCCUACUUUGGCAGAGUGCCGAAUCUAAAAUGGGAAGAUCUUACGGAUGCAGAUCUUAGCAUCAAGAAAAUGUAUUGUAACGAUGUACUUUCUAUUUUGGAUGCUUUAGGUUCUGGAGAUUCUAUUAAAAAAGGUCUUGUCUUAUACGAGCUAUAUCGUACAAAUCUUGAAUUAUCUAAGCGCCAGAUUUCGGAAAAACAAACACAUUCGCGCAUCGAGGAUAGCGAUAAUAAAUAUCUAUUACGACAGGCAAUGAAUAUAUUGCAAAAUGAUGUCAGUGCAGCCUGUGUUCGCAAAAGUGAUUAACGCGAAAAGACACCGUUCUAAAGUUGUAUUUAUUGAUUGUAUUAUUUGAUGUCUAGAAUGGAUAUAUAUGUGUGUACGAGUAUAUUUGAAAUAAUGCAUCAUAUAUUGCUAUGUAUAUUAUGAUUUUCAUAAUCUAAUCAUUUGGUUUCGUACUUUAAUUUGUAUGAUAUACAAGAAAUGUUUGUGGAUAUAUACAAAUAUAGUUAUUACGAUAAAAAAA